AUGCAUCUCUCCACCCUCCUCCUGGCGACAGCCAGUACACUCACCCAAGCUCUCCCUGAAGUUAUUCCCCGAGCCACAACAGCCACUAUCACAAUCGACACUUCCAAAACUUACCAAACAAUGGACGGAUUCGGCUUUUCCGAAGCGUUCCAACGCGCAAAUCUAAUCGUCAACCUCCCUGCUGCAAAACAAGCGUCGAUCCUCGACUUGCUCUACAAUACCACCACCGGCGCCGGAUUCUCCAUCCUACGGACUGGAGUAGGAUCUUCACCCGAUUCUUCGUCUGAUCACAUGAACUCCAUCGAGCCUAAGAAUCCUGGAGGUCCAAGUGCAGCACCGAAUUACACAUGGGACGGGAAAGAUAGCGGACAGAUAUUCGUGGCGAAGAAAGCGAAGGAUUAUGGCGUUACGACUUUCUAUGCCAAUGCCUGGUCUGCGCCUGGAUAUAUGAAGACAAACGGAAAUGAAAACAAUGGGGGGUACCUUUGCGGAGUGAGUGGGGAAACUUGCACGAGUGGGGACUGGAAGAAAGCUUAUGCAGAUUACUUGAUUGCGUAUAUGAAGUUCUAUGCCAAUGAGGGCAUCAACUUUACCCAUGUGGGGUUUUUGAACGAGCCGCAAAAUGCCGCGAGUUACGCGGGAAUGUUGAGCUCGGGGACACAAGCUGCAGACUUCAUCAAAGUGCUUUAUACCGAACUCAAAGCUGCAAACAUGAGCAAUGUAGCUAUUGCGUGUUGUGAUUCCGAAGGCUGGUUUGUGCUCUUUCUCUCCUUGGACUCCCAAGUAUCUAACAUACAUAGGAACGACCAAGUAGGAAUGACAGCUCAACUCCGAAGCGCAGGUGUCGAACCCAUGAUUGGAAUUAUAACCUCGCACACGUACACCUCUAACUUCAACGGGCCUAUCAAAACAACUGCUAAAGUGUGGCAAACGGAAUACUCUGAUCUAAAUGGAGGCUGGACAACCGCUUGGUACAGCUCAGGAGGGUCAGGCGAUGGCCAAACAUGGGCUUCAUAUGUGCAUAAUGCCGUCGUGAACAACAAUUGUUCUGGGUAUCUCUACUGGGUCGCAACGCAGGGAGGCAAUACGAACGAAAAGAUGAUCCAGGUGACUGCUACCGAUUACACGGUCUCCAAACGACUUUGGGCAUUGGCUCAGUUCUCUCGCUUCAUUCGACCUGGCGCUGUCAGAAUAGGGGUGACGGGUUCACCUAGCGGACUAAGCACCAGUGCGUUCGUGAACGAUGAUACAGCACCUGUGUAUGCUGGAGCUUUGGUGGUGCCGUGCUUGAAUACCGGAAGCUCAAGCCAGAGUGUGACAUUGAGCUUAAAGGGGUAUAAUGGGACGACGGUAGGGGCUUGGGUGACGAGCCAAACCCAAGAGAUGGUCAGCAUGGCGGCGACGUUGGGAAGUGAUGGGACGGUGACGGCGACUUUGCCAGGGAGAAGUUUUGUUACGUUUUUGGUGGCGGCGAAGUGA